CGUCGCGGGGUCGGUGGGAACAUGGCGUGGAGGGGCUGUUUUCUGAGAUGGACUAGAGGAGAUAUAUGCAUCGCCACCACGCGAGGAAACAGGUUCCCCCUCUGCACACAGCAGAGAUGUGGCUUCCGCAAGGCUCCAAAGAAGCCGGAGGUCAAGAAGGCAGAGGUGGAGGAAGCGGCCCUCAAACAGUCAGAGCUCAUCGAAGGGGUACACCAAAGGAAGGGGGUGGAACCCCCCACACAACCCAGCCCCCCUAGGUCCUUUGGAAGACUGUUCAAGCCUCUGGUGUUCACAGUAGGGUUUUCAGGAUGCUCCUUUGGUGCAGCGGCGAUCUGGCAGUAUGAGUCUCUGAAGUUACGUGUGCAGACCUACAUGGACGAGGCACGGGCAGAGUGGCUGGAGAAACUACGGCCACAGAAGGAGGGUGACCUCCAAAAACAGACUGAUGACACGGCCUACUGGCACCGCUGGUGGAACCAGCUGUCAGACUUCCAAAAACAGACAAUUGUUGUUCUGUUUCAGGUGAACCAGUGGUGGGACAGUUUGACUCAGGGACAGCGGACGGUCUCAGGGAUCAUAGUGGCAAACGCCCUGGUGCUCUGCUGUUGGAGAAUUCCUUCCCUGCAGCGAACUAUGGUCAAGUACUUCACCUCCAACCCUGGUUCCAAGACUCUGUGCUUUCCCAUGGUCCUCUCCACCUUCAGCCACUAUUCCUUCCUUCACAUGGCAGCCAACAUGUACGUGCUGUGGAGCUUCUCCUCCAGCAUUGUGUCUCUGCUUGGCCCAGAGCAGUUCAUGGCCGUCUACCUGUCUGCAGGUGUGAUCUCCACAUUCGUCAGUUACAUGUGUAAAACAGCCACGGGACGCUUUGGUCCUUCGCUUGGAGCGUCAGGAGCCAUAAUGACAGUCCUGGCUGCAGUCUGUACGAAGAUUCCCGAGGCCAAGCUGGCCAUUGUCUUCCUGCCCAUGUUCACCUUCACUGCAGGCAGUGCCCUGAAAGCGAUUGUUGCUGUGGAUACGGUCGGCCUGGUUUUGGGGUGGAAGUUUUUUGACCAUGCGGCCCACCUGGGUGGAACUCUCUUUGGAAUCUGGUAUGUCGCAUAUGGUCAUGAGCUAAUCUGGAAGAACCGCGAGCCACUGGUGAAGAUGUGGCACGACCUGCGAACCAAGGGUCCAGGUGGGGGUGGUGCUCUGUAGGUGCGGGUGGGUCCAGGGGCGUGCGCAGGCGUGGCCCUGUGGCCCUCAGGUUGACAGGCUGGGAUACCUGCGACGGGACGGACGGGAGGAUGGGGUACGCGUGCCCGUGACCGGUCAGCUGCCAGACGUAGGAAGUUCCGUGCCCAAAACUGACAAGGAAAGCGGCUACAACCCUGCCUAGCCCCCACAUCAGCGAGGUGUGGGCCAAGGGAGGGUGUCCCGUGUGUGCUGUGACUCAGACAUUACUGGACAUCUCCUUUGAGACUGAAACCAGGGACAUGUGACUGUCAGCUCAAAGGACUGGGAGGGCUGUAUGAUUCACGGUUUUUCCUAUAAUGAAGGUGCUGUUUGUGUGAUUUUACUGGAAUAUUGUGGGGAUUGUUGUUGGGGUGGGGGAGGGGUGGGAGGAGCCUGGGGAUUACGGUGGGCAUUGUUAUGGCUGCUUGUUUCCUGUCUCUGUGUAGGGGUGAGACUGAAAGAGUAACAGAUAGUACAAACACAGUAUGGCAAUAAAAACCUCUCUGUCAUCUUCGGGGGAGUCCUGAAUGGAUUGUUCUUUACCAACAUAUCAACAACAGUACAUCAAAACACACCCAGUGUCACAUAUAAGAUGUUAUCUACUGUUGCUACUGGAAUCUGGCAAAACUAGAAUAUACAUUUGGCCUGUUUCCACUGAAUUUCCUACCACAAAGCUCCUCCCACCAACAACCAGGCUCAGCCAAUUACAGAGACUGAGUUUUAGUUUUUUCUAACAAGCUUCUCUAGCAGACUGGUAAAAAAAAUCUGGUUGUACAAAAUCUGCCAGUACAAAAAUCUGAAGGGUAAAUAGAAAUUGAAAGAUGUUCUGUCCUGAGAUUGGCAGAUAAAAUAUUUGCUUUUGCAAGGAUUGCAAAAGCAGUUUGAAAGGAAGUUUGAAAUGGCAGCUAUCUUGCUCCGACUUCCAGUAAUAAAACUGCAUUUGCACAGAGCACCAGUUCAGGGCGAAUGUCGCAAAAAUCUCCUAAUUUUCAUCUGGAUUGGCCGAUAGCUGAUAACCACUUAUAAAACUAUAAAACUGCAUCCACAAUUUCGUUGUACCCCCACCGUGCAAUGACAAUAAAGUCUAUUCUGAUUCUGAUUCUGAUAAAGACAUCAAGCAGCAGUACGGAAUAUUUCUUCAUCUAAUCUGAUGCCUGUGAACAAGCAUUUUGGGCUUGCCCAAAGGACAAGGUGAGGGCCUUUGCUCGUCUGGGUAAACUAGGUGUUUUCAGCAGUUUGAAUACAUACACAGACAGCUCUGUCUAUGGCCCUGGUAUUAGUGAGCAGCAGCUUUGCCUUCUGUGUGAAGCCACAUGGCUCUCUAUUACAUGUCCCCCUUCACCCUUGACAUGACUGAGAAGGCAGUGGAAAAAGCACCCUGACGUUCUGGUUCUUGUACCAGUAGUAGAAAAGGAGCUGUGCUCUUUCAGAGCCCUCACACUCUCAUGCUGUGAACUGAAUCUUUCAUUAAAAACACUUGCAUUUCACUUUUACGUGUGCUGGAAUGCUUUAUGCACACAAGUAGACUGCAAAGACGUUAAAGCAUAUAUACAUUGACACAAAUGCUAAAUCGA